UAGCUAAGAGAGCAAACCGUAGCCAAUUGGAAUAUUGGCAGCCACCCUUAACGCAAGAUCGCGGUCCAAACCAAGGAAAUAAAAAGUGAUAAUUAAUCGGUGUGAAGUGCAAAUUGAGUUGAUCUUGGCAGAGUAAAAAAAGAAUGCAGACCAUCAUAAUAUCAAUCAUUUCAGAAAAAUGUAAAACUUUUAAUAAUUUGGCAAUUUGCAAUCAAAUAUAUGUAAAUGACAUAAGUAAUUCAUCUUGCAUCUCUAAAAUUUUGCAAAGUUUAAAUUCACAUUGUAACAAGAUUAGUAAUCAGCACAUACCGACCAUCGAGCAAAUCGCACCAGAUAUGAUUUUGGUAAAUGAUUUCAAACGAACCUUAAAUAUUGAUCAAACCAACCGGGAACUUAAUGGGACAUUUGUUAUAAAAUUUAGCAACGUUACUAUAACAAUUAAUAAUCGACCCUUUUCAUCUCAAGAAGUAACAAGCAUUGAAGCUCUCCCGGCCAUCUUACAACCAACGCCACGAGAACAGCAAUAUCGGGAAAUACUAUCUCUCAAAAUAAUGAAGGAGCUGAGUAUUCAGAAUACAGAUGAAAUAAGACUAUUAGAAGCUGAAAACAAACGUGACAAAUGGACUAAUUACGGACUCAUGGCCACAAUUUUUUUUAUAUUUAUCAUAAUAUCUCUUAAAAUCUAUUCCAAAACAGUAAUCAGAGAUAAAGCACAUUUAAAAAUCGAAAUUCAACCAAAGGAACAACAACCACAGAUAAACUUACCAUCUCCAGAUAUGAUCAACAUCUCAUUUCCAAGUAUACUUCAAUACCUGCAAAACCAACCUCCAAUGGUCCAACAUCCCUACAACAACCAUUUUUAACUGACGAGGACGUCAGCGUCUAAGGAGGGAGGAGUUAUCGCAUACGAUAUCAUUUCUUACACGCACACGAUAUCAUUUCAUACACGAGCGAUCGAAGUUAUUGACCUCAGGUCAAACAUCAGCCGGAAUAAGCUACACGCGCAACCGCACCUGUGUCAGCAGGUAUCUGGGUCAUCGCCAUCAAUUAACAUUAAAAUGCACAAUUGCAUACUAUCGAAUAGGUGAAAUACUAAAUGCAUAUUAGGCAAUUUAAAAUAUAUUUAAACAGUGAUUGCAAUAGGAAUGUAGUUCAGUUUUGUAUCAAUUACGAAGGCAGAUUGUAAUAAAAAUUGUAUUUUUUUAAUCGUUUGACUUUUCGAUUUAUUAACUUAUACAGUAUUUGGUAAAAGGCAAAGUAUGUUUGUUUAGGAUAAGCAUAACAUACAUACUUCUGUACGUCUAACAUACAGAUGUGUAUCUUGGAGUCUGGAAAUAUAAGAACUUUUUCAAGUAUUCCGAUUUGUUUUAUUUUUUUCAGUUUUGUUUUUCAAUUUUUACCUUUUACUUUCCUUAUCUCUUUUCCUUACUGGAACGUAGAGCA